ACAAUAUUCUUAGAAAAUAUUCUUACAGAUCAUCUCUUACAGUACAUGUUAUUUCUAGCAACCUAAUUAAUUUGCACGACGAAUUUGUACAUCUUGGCAAGCGCGUUUUGAAGCCCAAAUGGAGAAUUUUACUAAGUUCAAAGAUUGAUCCUCUUAAUCUUUCAACGAUAAUUUGUCAUUGAAAAAUGUUUCUCAAGACUCGCCCUAGGUUUCUAACAAUUUUUCAGCUUCCUAAUAACGAGUUGACUCGUUAUUCCCCGAUUAAGAGGUUUAUUAAUGUGUUUGGAAUUAAAAAUAAAAAUUAUAAUAUAAUCUAGUCUAUUUAUAGAUACUGAAACAUUAUCGCGAUCAUAAUGGAGUUAAUUAUGACUACUACUACCGUCCUUGUUGCACAGUAGUGCACUUCAUAUCUCUAUGUGGACUAUAUCUAUCUUUGUCGCGUAGUAUUCCUUGUCUACGAUUAAGUGAGAUACCACUAUCUAUUGCAUCUUUGAUCUAAUUGGUGCGGCGACGCAAGAACGAAAAACCGUGGAACAUCAAGUCUAGUCUUUAUAUUGCCCGUGUCGGAGCAUAAAGUUAUAAUUAUGGCGUAUACAUGAAUAUACUGGAGAUCUCAUACGGCUUCGUUUUAAAAUAAAAAUGAACGGCAGAGUCUUAUUGAUUCCUCGAAAAAAAUUCCCUUGAAUGAUCGCGAAUUACUCGAUCGAAAUUAUAUAAGUUUGGAUGUACAUCAAACAUCGUUUAUUGUUGUCAAACACUUGUUUAGUUCUCUCUUAUUAUACACAUUUAACUAAUUUUCUGAGAAAUCAAAACUCGGAGCAUGGCCGAUCCGACGAUACAAACAUUUUGUUGUCAUCAUUCCAACAGUACGGAUAUGGCAAUUGUGAUAAUGCAAGAGUUCAAUACAGACGUGUACAACACUGUUUGUAUGCUUUCCUCUUCCAUUGGCAUCCUAGGUGCAGUGUACCAGAUACUUCCAAGGGAGACGUCUGAUCUUCCCCAUAGAUGGCAAAGUUUUUCUAUGUCCAGAGGAAGAGAGAUCAUCAUAUGGCUUGCCAUUGCAGAUCUCUUGGCAUCAUUGGGUGUAUUUAUCAGAUCGGCGCUAUGGGUGAACUUUAAAUCCAUAAUGCCAAUGGAAGAUGACACUUCAAGCGUUGUUUUUUGUGCACUUUCAUCGGCUUGGACACAAUAUUUUUAUAUGGCAACGUGGAUCUGGACUCUUUGCUACGCCAUAGACAUGAAACUGUUACUAGGAGACAGAUCUGGACAUCCCACUUGUUAUCAUGCUUUCGCAUGGAUAUGUCCAGCAAUUUUAACAACAUUUGGUUUGACAAUUUUAUACAUACCAGAUGCGAAUUGCCAUAAUUUAACAUCAUUGUCCACCGCCAUAUUGCGUAUUCUGCCAAACUAUUGUGCUACCUACGUGCUACUAGCAGUGGUUAUGAUAAUCAAUCCUCUGUUAUAUUUCGCGUCGACGCGAGAUCUUGAAACUGCUAUCACUUGCAGUUUGGCACAAAUAACAGGGAGGGAGAGAAAAUUGGUGCAAGCGAUAAAGCUUAAAUUUGCGUUGACUAACUUUGUAUACUAUGUGUGCUGGUUACCGAAUUUAAUUAACGGAAUUUUGUUAUGGACUUUAUGGUUCCAACUGCCAGUCAAAGCCAUCAUUAUUCUUUGGUACAUAAUGGCUGUGACGAAUCCUCUUCAAGCUUUCUUCAAUGCUCUUGUCUAUAAAAGAUGGGGUAAGAGGGAAAAGUUUCGAUUGGAAUGCUGUCAGAACUUCAAUUUGAGUCAGAUUACAAAAGGGGAUACCAGUAUGCGAUUGUCAGAAUCAUCACCUUUAUUAGACCCGAAAUUCGGGUGUCCUCCACAUACAAGUAUUAACGGGUCCUCAUCGUUUUGAGAACUGUGAUACGAAAAAUCCCUUUCUAAACCGUAGAGAUAAAAAAAGUCUACUGCC